AUGUUGACUCACACUGGAGGAAAACCUUACAAGUGCGAAGUUUGUUUGGAACAAUUCACUACAGCACUUACUCUGAAAACACAUACUAUGACUCACACGGGAGAAAAGCCAUACAAAUGCAAAAUUUGUCAAAAGCAGUUUAUUCAAGCCCAUGAUUUGAAAGCACAUAUGAUGACUCACACUGGAGUAAUACCUCACAAGUGCAAAAUUUGUUUGAAACAGUUUACUACAGCAAGUUAUUUGAUAACACAUAUGAUGAUUCACACUGGAGUAAAGCCGUUUAAGUGUGAAGUUUGUUUCAGGCAGUUUUCUGUAACAAGUCAACUGAAAUUACAUAUGAUGACUCACACCGGAGAAAAACCUCACAAAUGUAAAAUUUGUUUGAAACAGUUUAUUGUACCAAGGGUUCUGAAACUGCAUAUGAUGACUCACACUGGAGAAAGGCCUCAUAAGUGUGAUAUUUGUUUGAAGCAAUUUACUGCUUCAAGUGGUUUGACAAGACAUCUGAGAACACACACUUGA